UAAAAGCCGCGUGGAUUUAGAGUGAGCCGCUCAAACCUCUAGUCAGACUUUCGUUUCAUUUCGUGUGAUUUCUUUUUUUCUUUUGGCGCAUCCAGGCUGACAAGUCUACUUACAAGCAGCGAUUCCCUCUCUUCUUAGAAGCUGUGUUUCAUGGAGUCUUUGUGGAAAUCAUUAAUUGCUAUCACAGCAGCAGCGAGAUCUGGAGCCAUAUCAGUGCACCAUCAUAACAAAGUUACUACAUGAUGAGCAGCCAGUCGAUGGAGACCCUCAUUGACCCAGUGUUUCGAAGCAAGAUGCCAUUAUUUGACGGGACUAUAGCAGCCGCAGGACUGUCAAAGCCACAAAAUAUGUCUGGUUUCCUGGAUAAGCAUGCAUUGCAAUACAGCGGGUCCUACUUUACCUAUGACCCCAGAGGAAAGGAUGGAGCAGGAUUCGCUCCACCUUGGAGCAACUCAAAGACCUCUAUGCUGGAUGGCAGAAGUCCUAUGAGUCACCUCUCUGGCAUGGAGGGACAGAACCGCAUACUUUACAGGCAAGACAGCAACUCUUCAGAGGAAGGCCAUUCUCAUUCUUCCUCUCUAAGUCACACCCCAGUAAAACAGGGCUUUACCAUAUACACCAAAAGUCCUGGGAUCAACAGUCCUGCAGCUGCUACAUCAGUGGCUGUUAGAAAACAAAAAACCGGAGUUGAGCAUUCAUCUCCUCCAUCCGAGAACUCUGUUUACCUAGCAAUUCCUAAGCCAGUUUACAGACAUAACCCCUGCUGUAAUGAACUGGGCUGUGUGAUAGGACACCGAUAUAGUGUGGAGCACGGCACCCAGAGAAUACCAAACGCUGUAUAUGAGCAUGACUGGAUGCAAACUGACGCUCACUACAUUGAAAGGCCGCCCAUUCAGAGAAAGGCACAAGACAAACUGCUGCAACAGAGAGGUUUACAGAUUGAGCCCCAUCCAGAGCCAGUGAAGAGGAUGACUAUGGAGACAUACAGCCCAGGUACAGCAAGGACUUUUCCUGCUAUGAUUGACCCAAACUAUAGCAGUUACCCCUGCACCCCGACUCGCACACUGUUUGGUUCUUUAAGUGAGCAGAGCCAGCGGUUGCAGACAUCCCCCAGAGGCUACCCUGGCCUAUACCCCUCCCAUCCUACAUAUGAGCAUAUGACCUCAGAGGUUUAUCAGGAACGCUCUCCCAUGUCCAAAUAUGGCCAGCUAACACAGCACCCAGUGUUUUACUACCCCCAGGCAAAUGAGGAGGUACAAAACAGCACGCGGUGUAAAAAUAUUGGCAGUAAGCAGAGAGAAGAUGUCCCUGUUUUUCUUAAACACACAAUCUCAACCCCCCGGGAGCAUUACAUAGUGCCUCAAUCGCUUCAUGGUGAGAUUCCUUUGCCUAACACUGAAAUGUUUCCGAAUCAUUCCUUUAUGCAGGGACUUGACUAUCCAUGUUAUGCAGUCCCUAGAUUUCAUUUAAACACAAGCCAAGUGAGGGCGCCCCUAAAAAGGCAGCAUGCAUCCCCUAGUUUUCACACUAAUAGCAUAAAUGUUUCCCCAUCGAGCCAACACAUGGAUCACCCCUUGGCCUCUGCAGCCAAUCUACAUAAGGACAAACCCAACAGUAGCCUGCAUGUUGACCAGUCACAACCUUCCUCACCAUUCCUACGUGUGGACCAAACCAGUCCUACCAGAUGUAUAAGCCAACCUGGCAUCUCACCAGCCAGUAUACAAAUAAACAGAUUUUUUCCCCCGCUCUCCAGCCUGCACAUAGACCGACACAUCCUUCCACCAGCUGGCAUGAACAUGAACAGACUCAUGGACUAUUCCUCCUGUGAAGCCCAGGUUACAUGCCCAAAACAGUCCAAAGGCCUUCCUGUUUCCCCAACAGCGUGGCUGCCCCGGUCGCCCAGUCACAGUUCUGAUCGCAUCCACACAGCUGUAACAAAUAGUGCAAAUGUCAGAAAAAUAAUUUAUUCCCCCUCUGUUGCAACAGGAAAUAAAUACAAUGGCCCUACAUCCAGUUCAGGCAGCAGUGUUCUUAAAGGGUGCCUGAAGAGAGGCUUUUCUCACUCAUCUCCACCCAUCAAAAUAAAAGACGAGGGCAGGGAUUUAUGUGAAGUGGAACUCAUUAAGAAACGACAAAAGGUGGAAAUGGAGAAUGUCCAAGUAGGAAAUAAAACUGACUCUCCUCCUAUGCCAGUCAUUGACAAUGUCUUCAGUCUGGCGCCAUACCAAGCAUACCUGCAGGCCUCUGGAGUGUUAUUUCCGGGCAGAGUACCUCAUAGAACCGUCCAGUCCUCUGAGCACUGUGAAGCCAAAACCAAACCAGACAUGAAAGAGAAAAGGCCGGAUCGAGAUGAGCAGCAGUCUGUUGUCUGUCCGGUUCCCAAAGAAAUCUGUCCAGAUACCUCACCAGAGAAUCCUGUUGUAGAAAUUGUUGAACCAAAAAAUAUUAAAGUGGAAAAAGUAGAUGCAUCAGACACAGACAACACUGUAGAGUCUCCUGUUAGUCAGAGGGACUGCAACAAAGUCCCAAUCAAAAAAGAGCCUGUAGAGACUGGUUCAUCUGACAGUGGGCCCGUGUGGGUGAUAAAGAAGUCUGAACCUGAUGAACCUGAAAGUAAAGCCUCUUUAGCAGAUGAAAACAACACUUCAGAUGAGUCCAAACCUGUUGAGUCGACUGCACAGAUGAACUCAUCUUCCCAGGGUGAUGCAUGCACACUGCACGGACAGAUGGCCACCCUCCAAUCCAGACCCAUUACUCCACCUCAAUCAUCUGAGAGAAAGCUAAAUUUCAAAAACAUUCCCCCCCAGUGUCUAAAACUUUCCACCUACAAAAUCAUUCUCCCUGAUAUGAAGCAUUCCACACCUGCUCAACCCCCAGAGAAGCCACCUGCGCAGCCAAUACCUGAUUUCAUACCAAAACUAGAGCUCCAACUUCCAGUCCGCAAGCACUUCCUUGAGUUGCACCAUUCCCUCUCCAAGCUAGUAUCCAAAUCUGUGUCGGCCUCUUCAGAGCAGGAGCUCAGAACCUGGUUGUCUCAGUUGGAACUGACUGAACCUGCAUCUCCAUCAACCAAAGUCCAGAAAGUGUCGUGUUUGUUGGGGGUAAAAGCCAGAGAAGUGUGGCUCAAUGAGGAGAUCAAGUCAGCACUCCAUAAGGUCCUCGAGAGGUUGAGAGAGUACACCACCCAGAAACGUUGUCCUUUUCCACACGUCAUGCGAACGGGGGCGGUGUUCCUCCCCAUGCUGGUGAUGAAGGAGCUGCUGUUUCCGAUGGUGCAGGGCAGCUUCAUCGACCAGGUCCUGCAGGAGCACAAAGUGGAGCUGCGGCCCACCACGCUCUCCGAGGAGAAGAUCCUCAUCCAGCUUCAUAAACGAGCCUGCUCCUCCCGGCUCAGGAGACUGAUGUCCCUCAAACACCUGCCCGACAUCUACGCUGACGCGGUCAACCUUUUAUACUACGCCUGUGUCUGCAAACAUCUAGAUUUCUGGAAAUCCCCCUCAGGCAGAUGAAUCAACCUCAUCUGAUGUCCAAAAGAGAGUCCAGGAUUAGAUGUGGAUGAUCCUGCUAACAGAGAAAAAGAGGACAGUAGUGAGGAGACUUCUGUAUUUUCAGACAUCCAUGCCUCACCGGUCUCACCCCCAGAGUCACACCCACAGAGCCAUCCGAAGGACCAAGAAACAGUAUCACAUUUGAACAGGUGUAGCACAAAAAGCAGGGUAAAGAGCAGCUCGAAGCGCAUGUUUCUGGACAACAGUUUGUCAGAUGAGGAAGAGCCAGAUGACACAGGAAAGACUGUCAGUGGAGUUGUGCUGAAUGAAUUUUGCAAGAAAAACUGGAGUGCUAAUCAGUCUGAGGAUAGUGAGAAUAGGGCAAGUGACGAUAUGGUAGCAGAGGAAGAUUCUUCACUCAUUCCACAAAGCCCAACUUCUGACAAUUCAUGGACGUGUCCUUUAACCUUCGACCAGCUUUCUCCAUCUCCCAGCGACACAGAAACGCAGGAGCCCUCCAGUCUGCAGCCUGGUAGUCAGUCCUCAGGACCAGAAACAUCUCUGGUUGGAUCCAACAAUUGUUCAGGCAUGAUUCUCAAACUGAGGAGGAUGUUUAGCGAAGGUCUUAACAGAAAAAAGGCCCACUACCAAGCAGUGUCAGACUUGGGGACAUUUGCUGAUGCUUCCCUCUCACAGAAUGAGGAUUUGGAGGGAGAGGUGAGCGGCGAGAGGGACCUUCACAGGAGGACACCCAAAGUAGCCCACAGGUGGCAGAGAACAGGUAGCUUCUCUCACGCCUUAAGACCCCUCAGCAGCUCUUCUAAACGAAAACGCAGAUCACUCUUAAAGAUCAAAUACUGUCCCUACUUGUCUGCCUGCCACAGCGCCGAACACAGGAGGCGAUGGGUCCUGCGUUCGGCUGUCCAGAGAGCUCAGAGGGCCAUGAGGUUGUACUACCCAGACCUGGUGGGGAAGAGGAUCCGCCAUCUGUAUGAAGAAGACGACAAAUCAGAAGUGUGGUAUAGAGGAGAGGUGCUGCGAAUCCACGAGGCCCACACCAACCCUCUAAAGACUAUAUUUGAGGUCAGGUAUGACAGUGAGCCAGAGUGGAAGUACUACCUAGAGCUGCUGAUAGACUAUAAAAAGGGCUGGCUCAAAAUUGAAGACUGAUUUCCCAAUGCCAAUGUUGCUAUGCCAGUUUUGUUUUUGCCAGGGUGCAAUGAUGGUUUUGAGUUGCUUCCUUUUACUAUGUUUGUUUGUUUUUUUUCACUUGCCAACAACAGGCUGAUAAGCCCUAAAUAUGUGUCCGGCCUCCUGAAGAGGGAAGUUGGACUGAAUUUUUUAUUGUAAUCAGAUCAGCUAAAACAUUCUGUCACUUUAGUGUCACAAGACGCCUUCUUCUUAGGGGUGGACUGUAUGCAGCAUCCUGUAGAUGUUUUUAAGCUCUUAUCAUCUUUGACACAUCUAUCAGCAGCUUUUCUGGGUUAUUUGCAAUUUAGAUUAUGGUUGUGUGUGGCCUUAUUGUGCUUAGUUUAAAUAAAAACAUACCAAAAACAUAAACAUCCCUUAGUGGUUUUUUAAAAAUAAUUUUAAUCAUUAUCAAAUAUGAAGUUAUGUAUUUGUUUAAGUCAUCAUUGUCCACUUUUCUGGUAGUUUCACAUUUUUUUUAUUUGCUAGUAAGAAAUAAAAAACCAGCAAAUGACAUGAAGACAUUUUAAAAGGGUUUGACUGUCAAACAUUGCCAGCCACAUGUAUAUAGGUUUACAGUGCCAGUCUUGUAUGUAAUUAUAGCAGAGUGAUUUUUACCCUGAUGACUGUGGUUGUUUCUUUUUGUGUGUGUGUGUGUGUGUGUGUGUGUGUGUGUGAAUAACUGAAGCUGAAAAACAGGCAUUUAUGUAGUUCUGUACUAAGCUGCUCAAGAGGUCUUUGAUGACACACAGGCUGAGAUGUUCCCAUCACAUGGUGUUUUUAAUCACUGUGAAACUUAAGACUUUCACCUCAGAUUGUAUUUUGAUUUUGUGUCAUUUUAUAAGACUUCUGCAGACUGAAUUGUUAAAAUAUUACUGUUGUCUUAAAUAAAUGUUUGUAAUGAUUCCAUGUUUUGUCAUAUUAUUGAAAUGGUGUUUCUCCCACAAAAUAUAUUUUUCACAACUUCAUAUGUUUUUUUGUCU